AUGCGGAAAAACAGUUCUAAAACCGUCCCUCCACUAAUUAUUCCGAAGACACGAAUAAAGAGUGUGUCAAAUCACUCUCAAUCCCGGCCUACACCUAAACUCAAAAUAAUGGACUCAUCACCACAGCAAACAAACUUGUUCUAUCACCAUAUAAAUCACCAUUUAGUCAAUCACCAUCAAAAACGAACAAAAUAUGUUUCAAACAAUCGUUUUUCACCACUUAUAAAUGAAACCGACGUCUUCGAAAAUAAGGUCAACGACACAGACGACAUGGACCUUGAUUCUACACUAAACGAACCAACCUUCCUCCCCAAAAUCACAACAAAUAUAACUCCUCAAAAAAUAUUUAUUCGUUCAGUCACCGACUUCAACUCCUUCUGUAAGACCAUCAAAGAAGUGAUUAAUGCUUAA